AUGUCUUCUCCCACCUUCAACGGCGAUCGAGGUCCUACCUCCGAGCAGGGCAGUUGGGACUUUCUGUCUUUCCGUUCCGAUGAACAGUCUUCUGGCUCCUCCGACUUCAACGGAGUUGGCGCCGCCUUCGGAGACUUGGACUCCCAUCCUUCUGAUGAUAUGAGCCUUGCUCUGUCGGCUGACAGCGAAGAAGUGAACCGGGCUUUCGAGGAGCGAGACGACAUGAUCCACUCGAAGCUUGCCAGCUUCGAAACCCAGCUUGACUAUCUAUCCGACCCUGUCAACUUCCCCGACCUCACAUCAGAGGAACUGAUGAGCCAGCAAGAGGCUCGAGAGCAGGCUCGUGCAGAUCUGAUCAAACUCAAGGAGGAGAACAAGGCCAACCGCGUUCGUUAUGACGAGCUUCGAGACGAAAUUAUUGGCUCCACCGACGGUAGCCUUACCCCAACCCAGGUCCUCGCGAAGAUGGAAGAGCUUGGUCGAGUUGAAGCCGACCUGGAGCAAAGCAACAUCGCACUGCGUCAGAUGAGCGAAGCUCAGGGUGACUCCUCGUCCGGCGAUGAUCCCCCCAAUUCCCUUGCUGAUGAUUCAUCCGAACUGGAGUCUCAAUUCGCGGCCCGCCUUGAGGUUGACCCUGCUGCCGAUGGCGGCAACAAUGAUACAUCCACAACCAACCAAGUCGUUGCAUCUGAUGGCCAGGAGUCCCCCGUCGAUAACCAGAGCGAGACCGUCUGGGUUCGUUCUGACGACGAAAUGUACAUGAUCAACGUUCAGUCAGUUUUCGACCCUAACGGCACCGCCGACUCCCGCCGUGUGCUCUUGAACAAGAUUCCUCAAGGCACCACUCUCACUCAGGUUGCCAAUGCGGUCUGUGGUGUCGGAGGUCUGAUCAGAAUUUCCAUCAUGGACAAUCUCGUCAACAGUGGCACUGCUUUUAAGAUGGCCUGCGUGGAGUUUCGCGACUCCGCCGCUGCUAAGAAAUACGUCGCCAACAUCAAGGCCAACGGGCUUGAGCUUGUUGACAGCACCGGGCGCUUCUACGAUAUUGAAGUCAAGCUUAUCAACUCCACUUCGUCUUACGACUCCCGCCAUGGACACCCCCUUCAAUAUGGUGUCGGCUAUCACAGCGAGCUCUCUGGUCGUUGUAUCACUCUUGAGAACUUUCCUACCUCUGCCAUUUGGUACCUCUUUACUCGAUUUGGAACAAAGUACAUCAUCCGUGCUUUCUUCUACCCCAACGAUAACCAGAUGAACGGCAAGCUGUCAGUUGAGUUCUCCAGUGUCUUUGAGGCUGGUCGUCUCUGUUACAUGAUCCUCAACCAAGUCUUCAUGCCGUACCAUGGCCCUGCUACCAAGAUGGGCUUUGGGCCGACUCCUUCUGACCGCGACGUCGAGGAGCUCACCAGUUCCGUUUCCAACACUAUCGCGCACAUCUCUCCCAAGCAUCUCUCUGAUGCAUGGAAUGUGCAACCUUUCAACCUCUUUACCCCUUCUUCGAACUUCCCCUAUGGCGCACACAUUCCCCGACGUGCGGUUACCAGCCGUACCUCGUCGAUGAACGUGGAGGUAGUGUCGCGCACCCCGUCAAUGACCGUAGAUGUGCCUCACACUCCGUCCGUGAAUGAGGAGGCGUCACGUACCUCGUCGAUGAACGCGGAGGCUUCAAGCACCCCGUCGAAUGUGGAGAUGUUGCAGUCUCCGUCUCAAUACCCAGGAAGAAGUGUCGUUCCUCACAUCCUCGUCCGCGAUGACAAGACGUCUCCCCUGCUCCGAGACAUCCAAAUGACCAACAUCACUUUCAACUUCGUGGAUGCGAACAUCAAAUACAUCAUCGUUAAGGGCCAGAUCUAUUCUCGAGAGGUCGACGGCGACAUCUACACCAAGCUUGACUCCAUGGAUAUCACGAAACUCAAGCAGGAGAAUGUCCUCAAGAUCAACUGGGCUCCUUUCUGGAAGCACUACUGUGAAGCCAACGAGCUUCCCUAUCUGCCCAAGUAUGCCGAGUAUGGGCGUGUUGCCAAUGUCCGACGGAAUAUAAACAAGAAGUUUGGAUUCCCGUCGUCAUGGAACCCUGAGAGGCUCACUACAAUCCCCAGCCAAAUCAAAGCCUACUUGAACCCCAAGUCCCGCAAGGUAGUCUCGACCGCUGAGGCCGAGCGAAAGUAA